AUGGGGGCUGCCAAGGCACUGCGUUUACGCUGGACUGUUCCUCCCACCCUCUUGAUUGCCUUAGGCGGCGGUCUCCUCUAUAGCACGGGGCCUCGAACCCAGUCAAAUAAGCAAUUACUGCUGCAGACCGGCCCAAAAGGCUUCUUCUCAACAAGCUCAACCCCGGGCUCUGAUAAACGGUCGGAUAAUUCAUCCGGAAGCUCAGACUGGAGCCCGUUGGGCCAUGGCUCCAAGGAAGACCCGCACCAUGAUGCAGGCUCGAUAUGGACGAAUGUACUGCAAAAGUUCGAGGGGGUAAAGCAGGCUGUGGGCACUCCCGACUGGAUUGAGCUCGAUAACAUAAAAAAUUACAUCAUCCCAGACUGGACCCGAUUGCUUCCACUGUCAGUGCAGAAGCUCCAGCGUGAGCUCUCCAUGGCGCCUGGCUCCCUUGCCGACGAUAUCUGGCACGAAGCUCACGACCCGGACAUCAACCCCGAAAUUCUGCUCAAGGCCAAGGUUCGUGUUGGGGAUACACUCUGCAAUGAAGAAUUGGCGUACAGACAGAAGCGGCAAAAAUACGCAACCGCGGCGCUGGCCUCUUAUCUGGACAUCCCUGAAGAUGACAUACAUCCGGACGAUGUUCCUAUCAUCGCCAUGUGCGGCUCCGGUGGUGGUCUGCGUGCCCUUGUGGCUGGCACCGGUUCGUAUUUAGCGACUCAAGAAGCUGGCCUAUGGGAUUGUGUUACCUAUACUGCUGGCGUUAGUGGCAGUUGCUGGCUGCAGACUCUGUAUCAUUCGUCCAUCACGGGGCGUAAUUUCAACAAAAUGGUCGACCAUCUGAAGAACAGACUGGGAGUUCAUUUGGCAUUUCCGCCAGCAGCCCUCAAGCUACUCACUAAUGCUCCCACGAACAAGUACCUUCUCAGCGGGUUGGUCGAAAAGCUGAAAGGUGACCCUGGUGCCGAUUUUGGCUUGGUGGAUAUAUACGGCAUGCUCUUAGCUGCACGGCUCCUGGUGCCCAAGGGAGAAUUAGGUGUCUGUGACAAGGAUCUGAAGCUCUCGAACCAGAGGUACAAUCUCGCCUCUGGUGCUCAUCCACUUCCCAUCUACACGGCCGUCCGCCAUGAAAUUCCUGUGCUCGAGAAUCAAGAGAACGCCGAGAAACGAGAAAAGCCAGAAGAGUUAAUCAAAGAGUCAAAGAGCGAGGCAUGGUUUCAAUGGUUCGAGUUUACUCCCUACGAAUUCUUCUGCGAGGAGCUCAGCGCGGGAAUACCGACGUGGGCGCUGGGAAGACACUUCCACGGUGGAGUCAAUGUUAAACCUGAGGAAAUCUCUCCUAUCCCUGAGCUGCGCGUUCCCGCGUUGAUGGGUGUCUGGGGUAGUGCUUUCUGUGCUACGCUAUCUCACUACUACAAGGAGAUACGGCCCGUCAUCAAAGGCAUCACAGGCCUUAGCGGCAUAGACUCCCUCAUCCAAGGCAAGACGAAGGAUCUAGUCCGAGUUCACCCGAUUGACCCAGCCACCAUACCAAACUACGUGCUCGGCAUGAAAGAUCAGCUGCCACCGUCCUGUCCAGAGUCUAUCUUCCAAAGCCGUCAUCUUCGUCUCAUGGACGCAGGCAUGAGCAACAACCUCCCCAUCUACCCGCUCCUCAGACCCGGCAGAGACGUAGACGUCAUCAUCGCCUUCGACGCCUCAGCCGAUAUCAAACAAGAGAAUUGGCUCUCCGUCGUAGACGGGUAUGCUCGCCAACGAGGUGUCAAGGGCUGGCCAAUUGGCGCCGGCUGGCCCCGAGAAGACGAGCAACUCAAACAAACCGAAGAGGCGCUCCGUCAGGCCCAGAACAUCACCCAGAAAGAGCUAGCCAACAAGAUGGCCGAAGCCCAGGACAAGAGCAAGCCCAGCAGCCCUACCACCAACCGCAACUCCACCCCAGAUAGCACAACCACCACCAUCCCACCCACAAAGAAUCAGACACAGAACAAGAACCAAAACCACCCCUCCACCUCCACGGACCUCGACUACUGCAACAUCUGGGUAGGCACCACUCAAGAAAUGGUCUCUGGCCAAGAACCCCCACCAUCCAAGCGCCUCUUCCACCCGCAAGACACCGACCACUCCGAAUCCGACUUUCACCUCAUGCGGCCAGACGCAGGCAUCGCCGUCGUCUACUUCCCCUUACUCCCCAACCCAUCCGCGCCCGAGCUCCCCACCAGCUCUUCCCUCUCCAAAUCCCGAACUCCCGCCCGCCAAUCCGAAAAUACUUCCAAAGCCCGCGUCUCCGACCCAGCUAAGCCUCUGACCCCGUACCCAGGCUCCAUCAACCCAGACGUCGAUGACUUCCUCUCCACCUGGAACUUCGUCUACACCCCGGAACAGAUUGACUCGGUGGUCGGUCUUGCGAAGGCGAAUUUCGCCCAGGGCGAGGACCAGGUCAAGCGCGUGGUGCGGGCCGUGUACGAGCGUAAGAAGAAUGAUCGGUUACGGCGCGAGGAGCGGGAGGCGAGGCAGCGUAUGGAGGGGUUCGUGCCGCUGUAG